AUAACAUAGGUUUCUUUAUUGCAUGUUUUUGACUCUAACGAGCGAGCCACCAGUGAGUCCCUCGAAGAAGAUGGCCUGCAUAAUAUCUUCUUGUGCAGCUCUUUCAACCCACUCACUUCUUUCCGCUGACUCACUCCCAACUAGCUCAACUCGCUCAAUCAAACCCAAUUCCCUUUCAUGGGGCUUUUCAUUUCCCACCAUACACAUCUCCAUCAACAACAACCACCCAUCCUCUCUCAACAAGACUUCUUUCAUUCAAGCUGCCUGGACAAGAAGAUCUCGAGGUGAACUUGCCAAGAAACCUAACAAGAAAUCAUGGAAACAGAGGACAGAUAUGUAUAUGAGGCCAUUCUUACUAAAUGUUUUCUUUUCAAGGAGAUUUAUCCAGGCAAAAGUGAUGCACCGGGGAACAAGUAAAGUGGUAUCAGUUGCCACCACAAAUGCCAAGGAUCUGAGACACAGUUUACCAUCACUUACAGAUCACAAUGCCUGUAGAAUUGUAGGGAAGCUCAUUGCUGAGAGAUCCAAGGAAGCUGAUGUAUAUGCGAUGUCUUAUGAACCUAGAAAAGAUGAGCGGAUUGAAGGUAAACUUGGAAUUGUUAUUGAUACCAUUAAAGAGAAUGGGAUCAUAUUUGUUUAAGCAGGCUACUCAUUACUCUUCUAGGUUUUGUUAUUGUAAAUGACAGUGGAGAAACACAAUUGGUUUAACGUUGUUCAUUUAUCAAACAUGUCUAAUAGAAAAUUGCUCAUUUAAUUCUUGA